UGGUGCUGUGGUGUCCUGGCAACUAUCGUCUUGCUGCUCGCGAGCGUCGGCGCUACUCCACGGCAGGACACUGGGUUCCUCAGGGCAGACUCUGCAGCCCACCAUAAAGACGCCGUGCACUACAAGUACCAGUACGCCGUGGACGACCGGGCGUCUGGCGUGGUCAACGACCGCUGGGAGCAGCGCAACGGCGACUUCGUCAAGGGGCAGUACUCGCUGCUCGACCCGGACGGCAAGGUGCGCACCGUGGACUACGAGGUGGACGGCGAGCGCGGCUUCCACGCCGUCGUCCGCACGCAGUACCCUGCGCCCUCCUUGUUGAGCAUCCAGUCGGCCAGCCAGGUGCACGAGGUGUACCAGGACUCGCCCGUCAACGUCAGGGCCAAGAACGGCGUGGGGGUUCCCAGCUUCGCGCUCAAGAACCCGCGCUUCUCGGUCCGGGACAACCUGCCCUUCAACUAUCACGCGCUGGACGCCGCCAAGCUGGGCAUCGACACGGAGGAGGAUGGGGCCCGCCUGCAGCUCUUGGACGAGGAAGGGCCGUUGUCAGCCAAAGAGGCGCACCGAAGGAAGUACCACCGCGAGAACCACCUGCUGCCGCACGAGAACAUCUUCUUGCAUGAUCAGCAGGACCAAUUCAUCCAGCAGGACACGCGCCAGGACCUUCGCCAGGACCUGCGCCAGGACUUUCACCAGGACCUCCGCCUGACAGCCUACGACCCGCUCCUCGACCCGAACAGGAAUGUGUACCCGGAGCGCGCCUCCGUGUUCAACCCGCGGGCGGCGUACAUCAACCUGCGGCCAAGGCCCGCGCCGCUGUCGCCAUUGCCGCCGCCCAACCCCCCGCCGCACCCCUCCGACGUCCUGCUGCUGCCGGCUCAUCGCCGCAGCCCGCCGCCCGCCCCUGCCCGCCCCGCCUAUGCCGCCCCUGUGCCCGGCUCCAACCUGGUGACCGGGUCGUUCCUCUACCCGCCAUCGUCCACCCAGGUGGGGCUGCACACCUUGGCCAUCUUGCCCCCGGCCCCGACCUCGUCACGGGCCUCCUACGCUGCUCCCGGCAUCAGGUUCGCCACGGCGGCGUCGGCGCCGAGGUCGCGGAUAGUGCAGCACCUCACCGAGACGUCACCAGGACUUUCGGCGAGCAGGAGUUAUUAUUUGCGAUGAGAGACUCUGACGCGCCAGAUGCUAGUUGGGUACUAGCGGAUAGAAAUGCCAUAUGUCGACUAACGUACAUCCGACCGACUGACUUGUCAAACCAUUAAGACUGGACUCUCUCAUGCAGGGGAGCACUAUAGAGUUAGUACACUAGAUCCAGUGAAAAACCGAGUUUUUUAAAAGUAUUCGAUCGAUUUUUGAGAAAAUUGAUUUGUGAGUUCAAAGCGAGGAAACCAACAUAUUUUCGAAUUCCGUGGAAAUUCUCAAGAUGUUGGUUUUAAGCCACACUUUUCACUUGGAGGUAUAGAAUGUUGUAAGUGGUAACGUAGCUGUUUAGAUUGUUUCUAAAAUAGUACAAUGGAGUAACAAAGAACUCAGAAGAAGUCAAGGCUUCGAUUUUUCACCAUUAGCUUGAUUCUUCCAAUCUGCCUACACACGUGUUAAGAACCAUAAACGUCUGGAGCAAUUUUAUAUUGAUGAAGAUAACUGAUUGUAGGAAACACAAAUGCCAUUAAUUUUCACGUUACCUGCUCAAUAUUUAUGAUGUAAGUAUAUUAACCCAGUUUUGUAUGGUUUUUCUCUGAAAAUACAAAUGAAAUGCUCUGGGUGAAGCGUUGACCCAAUUUAAAGCUUCUCGGUCAAAUCUGUUGAAUUGAAUUAGUCCGUACUGAAUACAAUCUCAACUUAAAGUAACUAUUUUAUGUACAAAAGGUAGAGGCGACUGUAGUGUAUAAAUAAUACAUUUGUAAUGUUUAAUAAAUUGUACAUACCAAUUUCAAAGUGAG